AUGCAAAAUAGUCACGAGUCUAAACCUGCUGCUCUGGAUGAGGCGAGCGGUGCGGUCACGGUCACGACAGAGACUAGCGGUGGCGAGGAGGAGUCCUACAGCGGAUGCCCCUCGCCAGCCGAAAGUAUUAAUGAGCUGGAAAAUGGAGGUGUUCAAAUCACAACCACAGUUGGCAACGGUUCGAACAAGCGCACUCAAGUGAUGACGAUGCCGUUGCCACCCGGAACCCUCCCCCCCCGGAAGCGGGCACGUACAAAGGACGAAAAGGAACAGCGUCGGAUUGAGCGUAUUAUGCGCAACCGUCAGGCCGCUCAUGCUUCGCGCGAGAAAAAGCGCAAGCACGUAGAGGACCUCGAAAACCGCUGCAAAGAUCUUACCAGCCGGUCGCAGGAGCUUGAAGACAAGCUCAAGCAGACUCAGCGUUGCCAGAUGCAGACCCAGGAGCAAUUUUGCAUCCUGCGUAGUCAACUCGAACAACUUGAGGCUGCUGUGCAGCUGGCCAAGACCUCUGGUGACCUUUCCGUCCUUGAUACCCUGCCAACAGAGGUUAGCGGUUCUUCCACCUCGCUCACUACUGCUUUGCCCCUGGCGGGCUCCGAUGUAGCAGUGACGGAUGUCAAGGAAGAAUGUGCUUCGCCUGAAGCUUUACAGCUCGGGCUCUCUGCACCUUCUCUGUCGCACUCGGCAUCGAACUCUCCUGCCGUUUUCGACGAUGAGCUGGCUGACUUUGACGGACUCGAUCUGUCAUUCAAUGCCGGCAGUCAACCAAACCAUCUUCCUUUUGAAUUGGUUGGUGAUAUUGCGUCCCUAGACAACUCCUCAAAGGCGCAUCAUCCAGCAGCGAUGAUGUCCCUACCACUCGCCUCACAACGGGAGCACGGUGUAUCGUCGAUUGACGAGUUGUUGAAGGACGCAAGCGCCCGAGCGGCAACUAGUGACCCCGACGCCACUGUACUGCCCUCGGCUAAUUUCGGUGUCUCUGGAGACUUCACCCUGUUCAACGAGAUUGAUUUUACUGAUUUUUCCAUGAACAACUUCGCGUAA